AUGAUUCUCCCAUAUUCCACCAUAGCUCAAACAUCCAGAAACAUAUCUUUAGGCUCAUCCCUCACUGCACGAAAUGACGAUAACUCAUCGUGGCCAUCACCAUCGGGUGAAUUUGCUUUUGGUUUUCAACAGAUUGGAAAAUAUGGUUUCCUGCUAGCCAUCUGGUUCAACAAAAUACCAGAUAGAACCAUAGUCUGGUCAGCCAACCGGAAUGAUUUAGUGCAAGAAGGAUCCAAAGUUGAACUUGCCAGUGAUGGAAUGCUCGAGCUUAGAAACUCGGAAGGCAGACAGUGGGGCAUGUGGGGAAGGCAGACAGUGGGGCAUGUGGGUACAACAGCUUAUGUAGUUAUAAUGAUAAAGGACCAGUUUGCCAGUGCCCGUAUGGAGAUGCAAAACACGAAGUGGUAUGGUGGUGAUUAUGAGCAAUUUACAUCAGUACAAGAGGAUUGGUGCAGACAAAGUUGCUUAGGUGAUUGUUUUUGUGCUGUUGCUAUUUUCAACAAUGGAGAGUGUUUGAAGAAGAGAAUUCCUUUAUCGAAUGGGAGGAUGAGCCCCAGUAUUGGUGGAAAAGCUCUCAUCAAAAUAAGGAAAGAUACUUUGAUACCUGAAGGUCCAAAUGCAAAAGAAAAAGAUAACUCAACUAUGAUCCUCGUUGGAUCAGUGCUCCUCAGUUGCUCGGGGUUUCUGAACUUGGUUUUACUAUUAACAACCUACUUGAUUGUUUCUCGCAUUUAUAAUAAAAAUGCAGGGGUGAAUCAACCUUAUUCAGUCAUGCCAGGCAUGAAUGUGAAAUGUUUCACUUACGAGGAGCUAAAUGAAGCUACCAACGCAUUCAAGGAAGAACUAGGUCGUGGUGCUUUUUCAACAGUUUUUAAAGGAGUUUUAGCAUUUGAGAACAGGAAAUGUGUUGCUGUCAAAAGAUUGGACACGAUUGUUGGAGAAAAUGAGUUUGAAUUCAAAGCUGAAAUGAGCGCAAUUGGCAGAACAAAUCACAGAAAUUUAGUCCAACUACUAGGAUUCUGCAACGAGGGCCAGCAUCGAAUUCUUGUGUAUGAGUUUAUGAGCAAAGGUUCCCUAGCAAGCUUCCUCUUUGGAGAAUCAAAGCCUAACUGGUACCAAAGAAGGCAAAUUGCUUUGGGUACUGCAAGAGGGCUCUUGUAUUUGCACGAGGAGUGUAGCAUGCAAAUCAUACAUUGUGACAUUAAGCCUCAAAACUUUCUUCUAGAUGACUCUUUCACAGCCAGAAUUUCUGGAGGUCCUGUGCAAAGAAAGUUGAUGAGACCCUAUAUGUAUAAGUAA